GCAGGCGCAGUCUCGGCUCCCGGCGGCGUGUUCCUCUUUCCCCCAGGUUUCCAGUGUCCUGGCAGGUAAGGAACGCCGGCUCUUCACCUCUCAGCGCGGCUUGCCCUUUGUUCCGGACGCCCACUUCUCAGCCCUCCGGCUCCUGGUGUCGCUGCUGUAGGCCACACGCGUCCACCGGCAACAGACCCAUGGCCGAGCGCGGGGAACUCGACCUGACCGGCGCCAAACAGAACACAGGAGUGUGGCUAGUCAAGGUUCCCAAAUAUUUGUCACAGCAAUGGGCUAAAGCCCCUGGAAGAGGUGAAGUUGGGAAACUGCGGAUUGCCAAGAAUCAAGGAAGGACUGAGGUGUCAUUUACUUUGAAUGAGGACCUUGCAAAUAUUCAUGAUAUUGGUGGAAAACCGGCUUCAGUCAGUGCUCCUAGAGAACACCCAUUUGUCUUGCAAAGUGUUGGAGGACAGACAUUAACAGUGUUUACUGAGAGCUCAUCAGAUAAGCUGUCAUUGGAAGGAAUAGUGGUACAAAGAGCUGAAUGCCGACCAGCUGCCAGUGAAAACUACAUGCGAUUAAAAAGAUUGCAAAUAGAAGAGUCUUCCAAACCUGUGAGGCUAUCACAACAGCUGGAAAAAGUUGUAACAACCAAUUACAAACCUGUUGCUAAUCAUCAAUACAAUAUUGAAUAUGAAAGGAAAAAGAAGGAAGACGGAAAGCGAGCUCGAGCUGAUAAACAACAUGUUUUAGACAUGCUAUUUUCAGCCUUUGAGAAACAUCAAUACUAUAAUCUUAAGGACUUGGUGGACAUCACAAAACAACCUGUGGGGUUUUGUUUUUGCUUUAGGUGUACCUGAAGGAAAUCUUAAAAGAAAUUGGUGUUCAGAAUGUAAAAGGGAUCCACAAAAACACAUGGGAGCUGAAGCCAGAGUACAGACACUAUCAAGGAGAAGAAAAGAGUGACUGAGAAGCCUCCUAGUCAGCAUGCUAGUGAAACAGCUAGCGGCGAUGCUGUGCUACAGGCGCUGAUACUGGAAGGCUUGAACACCGUAUGUUAAUAGGGGUUAAGUGACAAUACUUUCAUUUCUCUCGGUAAAUUUUUUAAACCUGUAAUUCUUGUAAAGUUUCUUAACUGUUUUUUUGAGGAGAAGGAACAAAUUUAUUUAUAGACUUAACUUGUAUUAAACCAGAUUACUCACAAUAGGAAUAGGGGUUGGAGGAUUAAGAGGGUUUUUCUUAAAUAUUAGCUUUUAAUGUGUACAAUUAGGAAAUGUUUUUUAAAUGAAGACUCUCUACCCUUGGUGUAUCUGAGGAGCUGAGGUAAUACAGAUCCAAGGAGAAUUGUAUAGCAAGAAAAAAACAGUCAACUACGGAAACUCUUAAAAGGAAUAAAAAGCCAAAGUUCCUUAUUUUGAAAUUGUCAAAGAACAAAGCGGUGUUUUUCUUUUAAACAGGUGAUCAUGUUUCGUGUUCAUACUCAACGUUAAUAAAAGGAGAGCAUUUAAGUUUGUAGUGAAAUGGCAGUGUUCAUGAUUAGCUUAUUUUACCAUAGUGAUACUGAGAUGAGAAAUGUGCAGAAUCAUGGUCAAUUGAUGUUUCUUUUGUUUGCUUUUAAGAUAAUUAAAAGUAAAAUAUCUUUCCAAAAUUUCAAGAUAUGUCUCCCCCAGUCAGAUUAUAAACUUCUCAAAACUGGCUUGCCCCCAGAAUUUUAUUGCUCACCCAGCAGACAUGUAUUGACCAAUACAUGGCAAAUGAUACCAGCAAAUCAAGAGAGUGAUGUAGGGGUCCAGUCGAGACAGAAAAGGUUAGUUUCAAUUCCUGGGGCAUUAAAAUAUUGCUUUUCUCUUUCUCUUCAAUUAAUUUUUUAAUGAAAACAAUACAUGUAUAUGUUAGUUUUUUCUAGCACAAAUUAUUAUAUAUUAAGCAAUCCAAAAUCAUACCAUCAAGACCAUCAAACAAAAGAAGCUUAAGUAAACUAAGCACAGGGAAAAGUUGUUUUUCACUCAUUCAUUUUGUCAGCUGCUCCUGGAUGCUGCAACCAAGAAGUAGCAAUUGCUGAAGUUGCCAUAGUGUUUGCAGGAAAAAAAGAGAAAAAAUAAUAAAAAUAAACAAGGAGCAAAUGCCAAAAAUUGAAGAAAAUGUUAUAUAAUUAAAGCAAGGAGAUAUCUAUCCAUUGAGAAAAGCAAUUCUUAUAUUACUUGCUUUUAGAAGCAAAGCUUUAGAAUUCUGAGAUUGUUACAGCACUAAGAAGAUUUUUAUUCUUGUGUACACACUGGAAAAUACAAUUCUGAGUAA